GCAUCUCCCUCCGUGUGUCGGUGCACUCCGGACGCGAGAUCGGCAAAUCUAAGAUCGUGCAACUGGUGUCCAGUGGCGUGUCCAGUACGUUGGCCGGCGCGAGCGGGAGCUAGCCGGACGCGAAGAACGAAGAGUGAAGGAUGAUGGUGCCCGGGGAUGGGAGGACGAUGGAGAGGCCCCGAAGAGAGAAGAUGAUGGGGAGGGGUGGAAUGCGCGGCUCUCUCUCUCGAAGGAGGAGUUGUCGGCGGUGAAAAAUCACGCAUCCCGCCACCACUGCCAUGGCCAGAGAGCGCAGCAUCUGCUCUACAUACCCUGGCUCUCAACCUAUCUACCUGUUACGCUCGCCGUUGUUCGAUCGACCUGUAAAAAUCGCAUAAUCGAUGACCUCGAAGCGUAUACCUUCGUACCCAUGGUGCAUGCGCUAAUCGAUUUACCCGGGUUCGCUUCGCAAGCUCCUCGAAAUAAUUGUGUCGCGCGGGAUAAUUAUAGCUUUCACAGAUUAUGAAUUCACCGUACUCUUUGUAAUACGGUGAUAUGGCAGCUACUUUGGUAAUUCUUCUCUCGAUUCUUCGAAUUGGCCAAAAAUAAAAAAAGAUAUUGAAAGUAUUAAAAAAAAAAAAAUUGGAUUCAAAGACGCAAACCUAAAUCAUAUGAUUCUUAUAUAACGUUUCAUUAAUUAUUUAAUUAAUCAUAAAUAAAUAUACAUUUAGAAUCUAUCUAUAUUUGAUUGCAAUAUUUUAAUAUCGUUUCAUACACACAAAAUCUAAAACUUUAUAUGCUGCUAAAAUCAUAAUUCCGAAGCUGAUAAGUGUGUAAACAAAUAAAUGUAUAUAUGUGAAAGAAUCUAAUUUUUCUGCACAUUUUAUAUGCAUGUCUUUAUUUUACUUAACAGAUUUUUUGUUCACGCAUCCGAAUAAUGCAUAAUCAUAGCUAUUUUUAAAAAAGUCUCUCGCGUGCAAUCAUCAGGCUUCUGCAAAGGCACGAGAGAGAGUUCAUCAAUGAGAACCUCGAAGAAUCGGAGUAGCAGAGCAAGAUAUACGUGUGCUGGCUGUGCUACCGGUCGGUCGGGUCGGGUCGCUGUUCUCCUGUGUUUCAUCUCUCUCUUUUGCUCUGUUUUGCCUGUUGCUCUCUCCGCCGCCUUCCUCUUUUCACCUCCCGGCUUAUCCCGCUCACCCUCGCCCUUUCUCCCCGUGGCCGUCUCUCCCCCUUUUCCCCACCGCUGCCGCUCACUCUCUCUCACAAGAGUUGUUGUUCGACUGUUUUAUUACUUUUAUAAAUGCCGCCGCCACACGAUGCUACUACUACCGCUCGUCCUGUCGCGGCGGGCGUCUCCUUUGUUGGUCCACCAUGGCUCCAUUGUUGCUCGCAGAAAGAUGCGAAUUUUAAUUUGAUAUUGUCUAAUAUUAUUUAUGUAUGCACACGGCUAGAGAAACCGAGGACUGCCGCGCGGUCGCAGCCGUCGCUUUCUUCCAUUCAAUGGGAAACUAUAGUCACAUCCAUUCCGACGACUUAACUCCGCAUCGAGAACUUGAUGUUCGCCUGAAUUCUAUUUCGUGAUCGUGCGCAUUCAUGUAUAUUUUGCCUCUAUAUCCUUUAUUAUAUAAUUUUCUUCCAAUAAUAAAUUUGACAACAAAUAAAAAAUUAAAUAUUGUUUUCGCGCAUCUGUUUGCGCGAUACAAUUAUUAUAUUUAACGCAUAUUAUUUAUCAUAUUGAUUUUAAUACGCAUCGCAGUUCAGAGCUUUUCUCCUUGCAAUUUAUAUUGUAAGAAGAAAAAUCUUGCUCCCUCAAUAAUAUCUGACCUAUUCGCAAGUAUUCUUGGCCGUCCUUCAAUGUGUUCAAAACUCCGUGGCAAAUCGUUUGCCAUAAGCAUAAUCUAAUUACCGACAAAUGCGAGGUGUCCAUCGACGAGCGAUCUUGCGAGGCAGACUUGCGCGUAGGUGCUUGGUCCACCUAAAGAAAUCAAUAUUACAGACAACGUCCAGGUUCACUUGGAAUUACGGCACGCGCAACAGUUGCAUCGAGACGAGGAAAGAGAUACGAACGAGAGUGCAUCGUCGCGUGCAUGUACCACUGUUUAAGCAACAACAAUUGAAUUUGCAAAGUCAAUCAAUUUAUAAUUGCAUAUCGAUUAGCUUUUGAUUAGAAGAAGCCACGUAAACAACGAGGUGCAUAACCGACACUUUGUGCCAGAAUGAAGGAGAAACGAUUAUCGUUAGGCAUUAACGUUAGCAUUAUACUGAUACUGACGAUAUUCGGCCUGCUUCUGUUCUUGCCUUUGCGAUUGUUAUUCGACACGAGUUACUCCGAUCAGGAUCAAAACGGCGAUGAAAACGAUGUCAGUGACCUGGCGAGAGAAAAAGAGCCUGUGGAUCAUCGAAAACUGAAACGCUGUCCGAAUCUGCAAUAUGAAGAUCGCUUGAUGUCGGUCUUUCUGAGCGAUUACGAUGAAAAUUGCACGUACAAGCAGGACAAGUGCGAUGAUGACGACGAUGAUGACAGCGGCUCUGAAGAAGAAGAAGAUAGCAGGGAGGAUGAAGAGGAUGAGAAGAAAACCUGCGUAUCCAAGAGAGGCAUCGAGGAAGAAAUGAAAGAAAACGCUGAAGAGAUCUUGAAGACGCGUCAGAUGAAGUCCGUCACGGUGGCAGGUCACAUACUUGUGGCGAUGUUGCUCGUAUCAGUCAUAGCUGCUCUCAUUGAAGUACUGCGAAUACGCUUCGCUAUUAGAGAAAAAGAUUCGUCUAGGACAGGCACGAUUACCUCUCGGAGAUGCUCCUCCAGCGUGGACCUACCCGCCACAAGACGUCCCAUUUUAAGAGAAUUAAUUAGGAGUCAAAGAUCUUUUGAGAUACCUGGAACACCCCGUUCUGCAUUGCGUUUGUUAGGAGCACGACCACCCCCGCUCAUCCGCCGCUCCUCGUUUCCGAUACCACAAGCGAAACAAACUGCUACUUCGUCUGUUUGCGGUACGCCAAACACUCGAUUGACGCGGCAUCCAUCGGCUGAAUCAGAGGAAGAAAUCGGGAUUGUCACUAAUAUUCUUCAUCAUCGCACCCGUUUAAUCCGACGUCAUUGAGACGGAGAUAGUGAUAUAUCAGUUCAUCGAAUUCUUUGCACCUGCAGAUGACAACAUUAACAGGGUAUGCGUCUUCGAUUACAUGGUCAUAUGCAAUGCACAACGAUCACAUCCAAUGACUUUUUUUAUACUCGUGCAAUGUCUUUCAUGAAGAACAUUUGAGAUCUUUCACUAACAAAUUCACAGUUGUAUCCUUCAAUACAAUCCUUUACAUAAUUUAACAAGUAGCGCAUUAUCACCGCUACGCGUUUUAUAUCGUUCUACUUUCUAGCCAAGUGAUAUUUAGAUAUUAAUAUGAAAAAAUUACUAAUGUGCACAAUCAAAAUUCAGAAUCAAAAGAUACUAUAUAAACACGAUAAAAAACUUAUCAUAGUACAUAUUAAGACUAGUAUGCUUAAUCAAAUAAUCUUUAUUUUCCACAUAUUUUGAUAACACAGAGUACUUUUAACAUCACAUAAUCAAACGAAAACUAAAUAUAAUUAUUACAACUUAAAUGAUAAUGAUUUAUUAAUAUAAUAAAUCAUUAUUAUUAUUUUAUUGUUAUAAUAAUAUUACAGGUACCACAUUUUUAAUAGUUAUUGUAAAAAAUUUAUACAUCACAAACACGAGAUAGUAUUUCUAUAUUUAUUCAUAUCUAAAUCAACGAUAACCAUAACAAUUUUCGUUGUGGUAAUCUAAGGAAGAAUUUUUUUUUUUAAAUAUUCUUCUGGUGCAUAUUUUUCUCGAAACUUUAUGCAUUGAAUAGAAUAAAUAAAUGCAUUUUCAAAGUGACAGUACAACGAUCGAAUAUCUAUAUUCGUGUAUAACGUAUUAUUAUAUUUCUCU